UAUAAUUUUGUAAGUUUUUUUGCUCGGUCGGCGACACAAAAACCUCACUUACCCUAUGUAUGUCACUCUCCUCUCAGUGCAAGAAAAAGUGUUAUACAUCCAUGAUUAAACGUAAUGUGAGAGAAUUGGAAAUAGAAGUGCUACAUGAAUUCUUGGUAGCGAAAAUGAACGGAGAAGGAGAAAGAACUGUGAGGACCCAGUCAUCAUCUUCGACACGGUCUUCAAGGAAGUUGCGCACGGCAGCAGCACCAAGUGUUUCGACCGUACCUCCGGUGACUGCCCAGGCAGAUGCAUCAGCUGAUGCUUCUCCUCCUGAGUUUGAUGGACAGGGCCUGAGAAAGAAGCGGGCCCCUCGGUGUUCAAGAUGCCGUAAUCACGGCUACCUUGUUCCUCUGAAGGGACACAAAAAGUACUGCAGGUUUAAGCUCUGCAAAUGCAGCUACUGUCAACUGAUCACAGACCGUCAGAGGGUGAUGGCAAGUCAGGUUGCAUUGAAACGGCAGCAAGAUAUGGAAGAAGUGGUCGCUGGAUGCCGGAAUGCAACUGGAGUAGUCGCUUUGCCUCCGUUGAAAGAGCAUCUGACGUUUAAGAGUAGCUGUACUGCCACCAGCCAAUCUCUCCACACAGUGCAUUCUGGAGCUUGCAACAACCAAGGAAAUACCCAACUGCACAAUUACUCACCCAACACUCACCCCACAUUCCAGCCACAGUGGCAGAACAACAGUAGCACUACGCCCAUCCCACCUGAUCUCACCUGCAGUGUUGAGAACCACACCUUCUCUGUUGUUGACCCAGCGGAAACACAGUCCUCUACCUUCGGCCCCGGGUUCCCUCAUGGUGGCAGUUUCAGCUCAAUGACGCCAUUCGCCGUCUACAACGACAGCCACGGGUCAUCGUUCCCGUUGAUGUUUAACGCAGCGAAGUUCCCGCCCAAUCAGAUGUUCUCGUCAGAGUAUUUAGCCUAUCAGAGACAGCUCCACCUACAGCAUCAGAUGCAGCAGCAACGAUUGCGAGACAACAGCAUGGGGAAUGAGUUCGGCUACUGCAAUGGUAUCCAAGGUGCCUUCAUUCCUCUCAACCAUCAGAGCUCACCUUCAGGGGCAGAUGACAGCUUAGAUGAAGACAUCUUAGAGAUAGCUACAGAUGAAGGACCUGGUGGGACUGAUGAUGGUUUGGGACAUGCUUGCCCGGCAUCAACUAAUAUUGACAGGACUCAUGUUACUCAGAGGACGACGCUCCACGGAUUUCCAUCUCCUCCAGCCACAAUGUCGGACUUCCAUUCCCUUCCAGUCAACGUUUCAGUAACCCAGGCCAAAACCUUCAUUCCUCUUCAGCAUGCCCUGUUUCCACAAGGCCAAUCUCAGGAUAAGAAGUGUCUCCUCUAAGACCUGGGCAUGCCCAAUGUUAGGGCAAGUCUGAGACUGGUGGGCGUGGGCUCAAACAAAUAGCCAAAGAAAGUUUUAUUCAGCCAUUUGGGAGCUAGAUUUGACGAACAUUCUGGUACAAUGACUUGUGUUGUCACAAAUUAAUGCUUAAAUUUGAAUUCCUCAUGGUGCCCGUCUUCAUCAUUGUAAUAAUACACAAAGCAGCGCCGAAUUCCUAUAACAAGACAAACUUUCCUUCCCGCCAAAACUACAAUUAUUCACAUAAUUCGGGCAAGAUUUUAGGCCUGAUACUUCACAGAGGCAACAAAGAUAAUUGCCUCUGUGCCCCUGC